GCCCUUGUUCUCGUGGCAGUUGCACUUCGGAUACGUUCGUUGUCAGGGCAGUGUUUGCCUACUUUCGCGGAGUAUAUUUUUAGAUAGUUUUUAAUUUUUUUCUCAUUGUUUGUUUUCAGUCACCAUGGCUUUUGUGUGGUCUCCAGUAGAAUGGUAUAAAAAUCUCAUGGCUUCAGGAGAUUCCCGAGUACAAAACUGGAUGUUCAUGGGAGGGCCUGCUCCAACGUUAACAAUAUGCUUGUCGUAUGUCUUAUUCGUGAAGUGGAUUGGCCCUUACCUAAUGCGAAACAGACCACCUCUAAACAUUAGGUGGCUCAUGAUUCUCUACAAUUUUGCCAUGGUCAUCAUCAGCACUUACAUAUUCCUCGAGUUGGGAUUCAUAGGAUGGUUCUCCAAAUACAACUGGAAAUGUCAACCUGUGGAUUAUUCAGAUAGCCCAGAUGCAACAGCUAUGGCUCAUCUGGCUUGGUGGUAUUAUUUAUCAAAGUUCUUGGAGUUUACAGAUACCAUAUUUUUCGUACUGAGGAAAAAGUUUACUCACAUCUCCACUCUUCAUGUGAUACAUCAUGGAAUAAUGCCAAUGAGUGUUUGGUGGGGAGUAAAAUUCACGCCAGGUGGCCAUAGUACCUUCUUUGCCUUUGUCAAUAGCUUGGUUCACAUCGUGAUGUAUUUUUACUAUGCCUUGGCAGCUAUUGGGCCAAGCAUGAACAAAUACUUGUGGUGGAAAAAGUAUAUGACUGCUUUCCAAAUGGUCCAAUUCAUUGCCAUCUUCGUGCAUUCUUUCCAACUCCUCUUCAGAGAAUGCAAUUAUCCUCGUGGAUUCAUGUGGUGGAUCGGAUUUCAUGCCGUCCUGUUUUGGUUCCUCUUCGCAGAUUUCUACAAGAACACCUACGGCAGGAAAAAGAUAGCAGCUGCAAAAGCAAAAUUAGAACUCAAUGGUUCUGCUACAUGCAUGAAUGGAAGUGCUAAAGCCAACGGAGUAGCAACAAAUGGCUACUGCAAUGGUACUCAAAAACUGAAUGGAGUGUGCAAGCAGAAUGGUGUCAAUGGAGUAGUGAUAAUAAAUGGAACUUCCAAGUUAAAUGGCUACCAUAAGCCUACCGAAAAUGGAUUCCAGAAUGGAACUCUCUCUAAUGGACAUUCUAAUAGAGUUAUUGUGCACAGGACAGCAGCUAAAAGUGAUAAUGAUGACUAAAACUAAAAACUGUAGAAAUUGUUCGCCAUGGACUAGUGUGUCAAGUCCAAGCUGUCGCCAAAAGGUUUAGCAUGAAAUCGCUCAGUUACAGUGCCUUAAUACCGAACUAUGUUAUCCAUUGUUAUCUAUGUCAUUAGACUUUGGCAUGUUUUGCCAAAUUCGAGAUAUUUAAUCUUCAGUUGUACACGUACCGUGAAACAGACUCAUUUACCGCGCUGUUUGCUAAACCUGAGCCGAUACGAUGCUACAGAUUCCUCCAUAAGUUAAAAUUUUAGGCAGGUGUUAACUUGCAUUCGACGUGUGACAAACUUUUGCUACCGUUGAUGGGAGUUUUUUCUAGAGUGAACUUAAGAGAGCUUAGUGCCUUAGAAGGUAAUUUUUGAGCAGUCCAGUCAGAAAUGCAACUGCUACGUUUUACUUUUUAUCUCUAUUGGUCAAACUAGAGAUUUUCGAGCCAUCAUUUAUCAAAGCAACUGCUGCUGAUUUCGUCAGUUAACUUGUGUUUUUAAAGCUUAAAAAGGCUGUCCUAGGUGUCAUUGUAGAGGUGUUUGCGAAUCUGUUCCUGCAGAUUUGUUCUCGCCCGUUUGUACAACUACUGGACACUUUUUUCUGCUAGUCCUUCAUUAUACUGUCAAUGUCGUUAACUUAUUUGUACAAUUUUUUACAUUAAUAGUAGUAGUAGCAGGGGCUAGAUUUUUUAAUAAUUUUACAUGUUCUAAAUAUACAUCAGUUGUUUUUACGAAAUCCGUCCUUUUUAACUCACCAUAGUAAAUCCAGGUUCCAUUUUCUCUUCCGGGAAACUACAGGUAUCGAAGAUGUAUUUGUGAACACUUAAGGGACCACCUGAAGCAUCGAAUGAAUUUUGUACAGUAUUCUUUCUAUAACCCCAGAGACUUUUAUUUUGUUGCAUUUGUACUUAAUUGCUUGUAUUAGCCUACGGGGUCAAAAAAUAAAAAAAAAAAUGUUUAUACUUUGCA